UUUCCAUUUUCUUAUUAUUCUGACGUUUCAAAGACAGGAAAUUCUUUCUUUGAGCUUACUCUGGCUGGUUUAAAUAUGCAGAAGUUUAGAGUAAGGUUUGGCACGUGGAAUCCAUAUUCAGUUUUGAAAGUUGAAGGAAAUGAGACGCGGCUGGAGGGAAUUGCUAGAGAGAUAUAUGACAUCAUGUCGGAAACAAUGAAUUUUCAAUAUGAAACGCAACUCCAAAAAGAUCUGCAGUACGGAACGUUAGGACCGGAUAAUAAAUGGACAGGAAUGGUCGGCGCUACAGUUGCAAACAAAACCGAUAUAUCAGGACCCUAUUUCAUUACAGAGCAAAGAGCCAUGGCCAUGGAUUUUGCCGUACCUAUAGGGUUCUCUGAACUUUGCAUAGUAUCCGGGUUAGUCAGAGCAAACAGAGAUCCUUUUCUAAUUUUUGAGAUAUUUUCAUUGGAAUUAUGGUUGUUGCUAAUGUUUACGACGCUGAUAGCUGCCUCUUUAUUAACUGUGAUUUACUUUAAAAUCCCUUCAACUCAGAAAAGAAAAAUUUCUAGAGUAUUUCUGAAAUACAUGUGGAUGCUCACAGGCUCGGUUAUUGGGAAAGACUAUGGAUCAAAUCACAGAUGGUACUUGAAGCACAUCUGGUUAUCUCCCGGUUUUAAAUUUUUUCUGUUCCUCUGGUUAACAGGACCAGCACUCGUACUCAGAUAUACUUAUGAAGGUUCUAUUGUAUCCGCAUUUGCUGCAGAUAAGCUGAAACCCAGAAUUCAGACUAUAGAAGAAUUAGUGAAAGACACUGGGGUUACUAUUGCAACUUUCAAAAAUUCUUAUCCUCAGACUUGCUUUGAGAGGUUACGUGGAACAGAAUUGGAUUCCUUAUGGCAAAGGGUACAGGGGAAUUGGAAACUGCCUCCACGAAACGAAACUCCAUCAUGGAUGGACGACAUUGAAAAUGAGAAGUCUGUGUUUGUGGCUGAAACACUGUUCAUGAAAUCGCUAGUCGGUGAGAGAUUUAAGAAGACUGGGCACUGUGGAGUUCGUGUGAUUCCUACAGAUUUUUGCACUGCGUACAUUGCCAUUGCAUUCAGGAAACAUUUUCCAAGGAAAAUUUUCAAUAAUUUUAAUAAAAGGCUUUUGUGGUACAAUGAAGCUCACCUUACGAAACGCUGGAUUUCUAGUUCUACAGCUUACUAUGACACCUGCACACGAACUGGAACCACGAGUACCAAGCCUUUGGAAAUGAAAGAUGUUUUCGGUGCUUUUAUUAUAUAUACUGUCGGAACUCUGUUGUCUACUGUGGCAUUUGUACUAGAAUUUGUAAGCAAUAGAAAAAUCCGAAAACUAAAAUAAAAUUAAUUUUCAAUUUUGUGUGACAUUUUCAAGAUACAAAUUAAUCCAUAUUCAUUUUAAUUACAAUCUCACAUCUAAUUUAGUGUGUAAUUGAAAUCAUUUAUGUAUUUUCUGAUAUAC